UCUCGGAAAGCUCUCCUGCAAUUAAGAUUACGGAUAGCCUUUAUAGCUACCAAAGGAACAGAUUACACCAAACUCACAUCCGGAUCAUCCGUAUUCGUGCAGUAAAAUCUUUCGACGGACUUCCAAAGGUUUGCUUAGAAGGACUCACUGCCUCAUCGGUUAUUCAUUAUAACAAUUAGAAUCUCCGUCGUAACGCCCAGUGCCAGGCAGUGCUUUAAAUAUUAUUCAUUUUCACUUUUUUUACGUUUGUCUAAAAGAUAUAAGUGUAUUGCGUUGUUUUGUGCUCCCUAACUUAAACCAAGGAUGGGAAAACGUAGAACGAAAAAUACGUUCCAUAACUCCAAGGGCGGUUGGAAUAUAGAAUCACUCGAUGAACCUCCAUUAAAAAAGAGUUUACAGACAGAUUCACAGCGGGCCGCUAACCGCGAAACCGAAUUUUCGUUUGAAAAUUAUCGCUCGCACCACGAGACGGAAGAACACUGGGAAUUGCGCCGGAUGUUCAUGGAAAAAAAUUACCAUAUCCUGCCAGAGGAUGAGCUCGUUUGUCUCGCACAAGUAUUUCUGAACAUUGAAUUAUUGCACUGCCGAUAUCCUCUGGAAACGAUGCGACGUGUGGCGGAAUUAUCGGAAGGAAUUGGAAAAGAAUAUCGCGCACGUCGUGCUAAUAUGCUGCAAAGAACAUUUGUAUCGGCUAGCGAUGCGGCAGCAUCAAAAGUACAAAGAAGGGCCCCUUCCUUUGCAACCAACAAUUCCAAAAACGAAUCUCUCACCAUGGACGAGAUAUUUAACAAGAUAGUGAUUGUUAAUAACUGUAUCAUACAAACGACGAAUGAGUUCAACCGGCUAAAUUGUGGCGUUGCCAUGAGCGAUACCUGUACCCAGCUGCAGACGGGUGACCACGAGGCCGUGGUUAUGGUCGGAAAAUUGGUACUCGGUAAAGCAGUUCACACCAACAAGAAAAACGCACGACAACUGGCGGUAAAGGAGGCAUUAGAGUAUCUUGGAAAACGCUGCUAUACUUUGAAGCGUAAAAAACUGCCAACACAAAUGAGCGCUGCCAAUGUAGUACAAAAAAAGGAUUCCGAAGAUGCAGCAUCGAAUGGGAAGGUCGCAGAUGAACCCAAGAUAGACACCAAAAAUAUUGGAUUCAAACUGAUGCAAAAGCUUGGUUGGAAAGGUGGUGGUUUGGGUGUGAAAGAUGAUGGAAUCGUGGAUCCUAUUACUGCACAAAUCAAAAUUGGUCGCAAAGGAUUGGGCAACCAGGAGAAAUCGGAUGAAGGCGGUUUGGAUACAAAGUUUAUCAAAACAGUUCUGAGAAACUUCAAAAACUCGCGCAUGGAGUACGAUCUAGUGUUUAGUGUUGAGUUUUCGAAGGAGGAUCGAGAAGUAAUUCACAGGAUUGCCAAAUCCUUUGCGCUCAGGACGAAAAGUUUCGGUAAUGACAAUCAAGGCACGAGGCAGCUCGUAGUGCUGGCGAACCGAUUGUCUCCACUCGAGAUAAUUGACAAAGUUUUGCUGUUUGGUGAUUCGACGUAUUCCGAAAUGUAUGAAGUUGUGAGUCCGAAUUCUUCGGAAAUAAAAGAAGCCUUGUAAAAGAACAUAGCAAAU